GCGCUCUAGCCGCCUCGUGCCGCCUCUAUGCCCCCGUGCGUCUGAAGCGGCGGCCGCCCUGUACCCGGAACAACAAAAGCGAGCCACCGAGCUCGAGCCUUGGGGGGGUUGGGGGGCUCCUAGCAACGGGCCUGGGCGGGAGUUCCAUGGAGACUGGGGAGCGGACCCGUUUUAUCUUCAUCCUCGUCCUCCAGCUGCUUCUCCGCGUCCGACGCAACCAGCAGCAGCGCUGCCGCCGCGUCCUUUACGACCGCCCCGUCUUCCCACGGAUGUGAUCUUUGUGGUGGGAAACCAAGUUUGUAAACUACCCCAAUGGAUGCAGACAGUGAUGUCGCAUUGGACAUUUUAAUUACAAAUGUAGUCUGUGUUUUUAGAACAAGAUGCCAUUUAAACUUAAGGAAGAUUGCUUUGGAGGGAGCAAAUGUAAUUUAUAAGCGUGAUGUCGGGAAAGUAUUAAUGAAGCUUAGAAAACCUAGAAUUACAGCUACAAUUUGGUCCUCAGGAAAAAUUAUUUGCACUGGAGCAACAAGUGAAGAAGAAGCUAAAUUUGGUGCCAGACGUUUAGCCCGUAGUCUGCAGAAACUAGGUUUUCAGGUCAUUUUUACAGAUUUUAAGGUGGUGAAUGUUUUGGCAGUGUGUAACAUGCCCUUUGAAAUCCGCUUGCCAGAAUUUACAAAGAACAAUAGACCUCAUGCCAGCUAUGAACCUGAGCUUCACCCUGCCGUGUGCUAUCGGAUAAAGUCUCUAAGAGCCACAUUACAGAUCUUUUCAACAGGAAGUAUCACAGUGACAGGGCCCAAUGUAAAGGCUGUGGCAACUGCCGUGGAACAGAUCUACCCGUUCGUGUUUGAAAGCAGGAAGGAGAUUUUAUAACUCAAACUUGGUUGGUUAGUCUCCACCUGAUCACCGUUUAGACCUGCUGCACAUUGGACUCAAAACACAAGGAAAACUGGACCAACAGUGACCGAGGACAGACUCGGACUCACGGCUGCAGUGGAAGCUCCAGUCCCUUUGGAUUUUACUUCAAAGUUUGCUGUAAUAUAAAAAGGAAGUUUACAAGACAUGACAUUGCUGCUUUUACAAAAGGACGUUCUAUUUAUUUUCGCAGUAAUCUCCAUGUCCCACAGGCAGAGCUGUCGCAGUGUGCACUUCCCGACAGUUGUUUUAGUGAUGUCAUUAUUUUUCCAGUUUGAGCUAAUGUGUUUGAUUUGUGAAUAGUCUUUUACAUUUUUGUAUGCUGAAUAUGGGCACCAAAGAACCUGUAAACGUUAUCUUUUAAAAUUGAAUGUGCACAAAUAAAAGUUUGGAAAAGAU